CUGGUUUCACUUUUGAUCAGAUUAUUAUGAAUGCAUACAAAUUCAUAUAUGAAUCUUUGCAAACUGCAUUAAUUCAGGUGACCUAUCAAUGAGAAAAAACAUCCGAAGGCGGUGCUUACCGACUCGGUUGAGAAGAGAGGCUGGACAAGACCAGCCCACCAUGAUUCAAAGUAAAGUAUGAAUGUCAGUGUUGUUGGACUGUGCGGAUAUAUCCCGUUGUCCUCGUUGGAUAUGAGGUCCAAAUCAGCACUGGGUCACCAGAGAUGCUGAGACAAAUAAUAAGAACUUCCACGCUCCUGAUUGAAGACACAUUCUAUUUCAUUUGCAUUUUGUUCGACAUUUUUAAUUUAACCUUCAGUUUACUUAAAUAAUACUUAUCUUGCGGAAGCCUUUUAACUAUAGAAUUCGGUGCACCUGUUUAAAAAAAUCUCAAUGGCGUUUUUAAUAAAGAAGAAGAAGUUCAAGUUUCAAAUCCAUUUUACAUUGGAGGAGCUCACGGCCGUGCCGUUUGUGAAUGGGGUACUUUUCUGCAAGGUCCGAUUGUUGGACGGUGGAGACUUCGCCAUGUCCUCAUCCAGGGAGGAGGUCCAGCAGAACUGUGUUCGUUGGAAGAAGAAGUUCUCCUUUAUCUGUAAAAUGAGUGCCAGUCCCAACACUGGAGUUUUGGACCCCUGCAUCUGCAGGGUCUCUGUACGCAAGGAGCUCAAAGGCGGAAAGACCUUCUCAAAGCUGGGCUUUGCUGACCUCAACAUGGCGGAGUUUGCUGGGUCAGGCUCCACUGUACGCUGCUGUAUCCUCGAGGGCUACGACACCAAGAACACUCGCCAGGACAACUCCAUUCUCAAGGUUACUAUUGGAAUGACUCUUUUGUCGGGUGAUCCGUGUUUUAAAACGCCCCCUAGCACGGCCAAGUCGAUUUCUGUCCCGGGCCAGGACCCCUCUCUGCAGCUGGACUGUAAGGGUGAGGGCACCGCGGACGGCAACUCUAAUCUUCCCGCAGUGGGCGUCACCAGGACGUCGUCAGGACGAACCAUCAAACCCAGACUCCCCUCGGCUCCCCUUCACUCUGGCCUGCCUGAGGAACAGUUGGAGCAGAGCUGGUCCAGUCCGGACGAAGUGUUCCACACAGGACACUCACGGAACUCCAGCUAUGCCAGCCAACAGAGCAAGAUAUCAGGCUACAGCACCGAGCACUCUCGUUCCUCCAGCCUGACGGACCUCACGCACCGCCGCAACGCCUCCACCAGCAGCAGUGCCUCUGGGGGCCUAGCCACACCCACCCAGACACCCCACGCCCUUGCCCACCCACACCCCCUGGCAGUAGACCCCCAGGCACAUGGAGAGGCUGGUGCCAAGCCCGAGAGACCCCCAAGGCCACCACGCCCCAACCUGCUCUCCAACAGACCCUCCAGGAGGAAGAAGGACACUGUGGAGAAUCAUCCAACGUGGGUGGAUGACACGCGCAUCGAUGCCGACGACAUCGUGGAUAAGAUCAUCCAGAGCCAGAACUUUGCCGACGUCAGCAACCAUGAAGAAGACAGCAACCUCAGACUGUUUGUCAGCAAAGAUGGGACCACAGCACUCAGUGGGAUACAGCUGGGUAGCAGGGUGUCUGCUGGUGUCUUUGAACCAGUGGUGAUCGAGAGCCACUAGCGAUGAGCGUGUGUUUACUCUGCACAAAAACAUCUGUCUUUUGACGUACACCAUUUAGAUGAACGCCACUAUACAACAGUUGUUACUCGUUAAUCGUGUAUUUAAUCCUGUAUUUUACGUGUGAUGGUGUUGGGGAGGUGAAACUGAUGAAUAAUUCAAUAAUAUAGAAAAGCUUUUUUAGGAACUCUUUCAUCUGAGGGAGUGAAGGUGUAAAGUGUAAAAACUACUUCAUUUAGGGAGAUGGGAGACCAUUACAGUUGUAGUGCAACACUGAAAAUCAGGAAAAGGUAGCCUGACAGAUGGAAUUGGAGUCUGAAGUGUCUGUCUGGAAAACAUUUGCUCAAGUCUAAGCCAUUAUUGUUUACCCUGUCUGGGGAACGUUUCGGAGUAAUCUGUAUUACACUGUGUUUUGUCUGCAUAUGAUAAUGGCUGGGGAUCAUUUAGCUUAUUCAAACAACAGAUAUCUACUCAAACGGAGACUAACAUGUUAACGUCAAUAAACAGUGGGUUGCAAGCUAUUAAAUAUUAAAUAGAGAAAUUGAACAAGACCUUUCAAGUAGGCAGCAAAUUGGUGGUUUACACUAUGAGAUGUUCAAUAUUUGAUGACCCCUUUGCAUUUCUCCCACUUCAGAAAAAGUGCUAGAACUAGGGUCAAUGUUACUGUGUAGCCCAAAGGACCCAUGUUAUAGAAUUCUAAAGUUAUAGAUUGUUUUAAUAUAUGCAUAUACAUAAUGUAAUAUGCCAAUAGAUAAUGUUACUAUAUGGACCUGAGAAUAAUGUUUGCACAUUUGGCUGGCCAUAUACAUAGUGCAUGGUCUAUGAUUCACUGAACACUCUCAUCUAGAUUAAUGGAGGCAGGCAAUCAAUGACUUUAUUCUAGGCCCUUGGUCCUUUCCCCCUUGGGCCUUUUACAUAGUCUGCCUUACCAAGCUGGCUUGGUGACUAUACUGUAAAAGAAGAAAAAUCUAUUUAACUUUUCCUUUUAUUUCUGGUCAUUGUUUCUGACCAAGUUAGGCCCAUACUGUGUCUGGUUACUGAAGUGGGUUGCUAAAGUUGGCGGGCUAACUUUGUAAUCCCUCAUUGUAUGACAAUGUCUGUGUGGGCUUGGUUGUAUGAACUGUCCAACUGGCCCCUCAACUAAAGCCUCAAUAUCGCAAUAAGAUGUUGACUAGUUAUCACGCUUAUCAGUAGAUGACUUAGGGCUCUAACAUAACAACCCACUGUGGUAUCGGGUCAUCUUCUCUGACCGAGCUGUGCUUUCUUGGAGGGAAAUGUAAUUUCUGUUGCCUCUAGGCCCUCUUGAACCCUGUUUGAAGAACAUUGCAUUGGGGGGUGUGCUGCAGUUAGAUCAAAUGAGUCAGUCUCUUGCAGCUGCAUGCAUGUGAAACAAUGCCCCUGGUGUCCCCGUCUAACAAUGGAGGGUUUCAGUAGAAACUCCCCACUCAUUCCCCAAAUUACAAUGGCCUCUUGUUUGUUUGUCGCAGCCUGUGUGCCUGUCUGUCUUUUUGAGGUAGGGAGAGGAAACAAAGCGUGUGCAUGUGGGUGUGGGUCUGUCUGUCUGUGUGUGUGUGUGUGUGUGUGUGUGUACGUGGAUCCAUGCAUGGUCUGUAUGUUCGUGCGUGCGCGUGUGUGUGUGGGCUGAAUUCACAAGAUCUUGCCAUUCACCUGUCUUACGGGUCUUGACCCCUGAGUUUUCAGUUGAUCUGAAAAGUGCUCAGUAGGAAUACUGACCCAAAGCUUUGCCUGUCUUUUCAUUCUAAGACUGCUCAGUUGAAGUGUAUUUUAAAAGUGCAAUAUGGGAUUUUAGAUACAAACACGUGUGUUAUUUACACCACAGAAGACAUUCACAGCAUGAGUUAAAAUUCAGAGCCAUGGAGAGAAAAUAUCCAGACCCUGGACUCGUCCUUUAAAAAUCGAACUGUGCUGUUUGGGCUGUGGGAUUGGGCUUUCAUUUUGUAUUUCACUCUCCAACUUGCUUCCUUGUCAUUGUAGAUUUUGCUGGUUGAAUAUUGUAUUGGUGUAAUGUACCACAUAAGCUCAAACUCCACUGACAUGUAUACACAUUCAUGGGGAAAUAUUACACACAGAUAUCCUUCUUAGCUUUAUUUUGAAUGUGUCAAACUGAUAUGGAUCAUUCACCUCUGUUUUUUUUAAUCAACAUUAAUGAUGUAAGCCCUCUGUUAGACACUGAAUAUGUGUAUUUUAGCAGGAGUUUCUUUUAAAACAAAACCACUAUCUUUCUUUUGCUUGGCCUCCUCCAUUACUUUACAGUCUGUCUCAUAAUAGUGCAGUCUGAAGCCAUUUUAGAAUUGUUAAUAGUUUUAAUGGCCAACACUUUAUGAAUAUUGGACUUUUUUGUAUUUCCAAACCAGCUGGCUGGUUUACUUUGCAGCUGUGAUGUAUUAAAACAUGCGCUCUUCAAAAAAUUUGAAAAUCAAAUACACAAAAAUGUUGUCUGCAUUAAAGAGUUGAAAUUAUUUGUUAUUUCUGAUUCUCGUGCUACUGUUUUUACUCGUAUGUUUGUACAAGAGGGCUCAUUGUAUAUUCCUUCUAUUGUUUGGGUUUUGUAUUCCUACAUACUUGAUUGUUGGUAACCUGUGAUUUUCUUUCUAACACACAAGUAGAACCAAUUAUAUGUUAACAUAAGGUUCUGCUGUCAUGAAUGGAGGGCCAAGUAUUUUCUUGUGCAUGUAAUCAUGUAUGACUGAAUGACCAAACCUCCGCUACAUAAACGGCGAGGUUUCUCUGAUGCAACACUUCAUUAGAUACUGUAUAUGUCAGUGCUUUUUACAUCAAUCGCAGUAUCAACUCCAUUUUGUGGGAUGAAGAACUUGAUACUUACGUUGCUCUCUAAAAGACAGAGGGCGUUGCUGUAAAUCACUCCCAUGGUUCAGACAUAAAAAUCACGUAUUAUAGUUUUUUUACAUUAUGAGCUUUUCCUAAAGCUUCUAUAGCUCUUUGGAGCAGUACACGGAUAAGCCAUAAAUGAAUUUGGGACCAGAUUACUCUAUCUUGAAACCUUGGCUGGUAUGAUAUUCAUGAUAACAGCACUUUGGUGUGGACGACUAACUUCACUUAACAUUUGACCUUAUUUUAAUUAUUUAUCCUUUCUUUUCAUUUUGUCAUCUUUCUAAAGGGAUUGUAAAACUAUGCACAUGAGUCCAAGACUCCCAAAAAUGGCGUUGAUUAAGAAUGAGACUUAUUAAAGAUAAGAGAUUUAUAUGAUUUCAAUAGUAUAUCUAAUUACACUAUUGAAAUGACAAUUUUUCAGAUUUUCCAGAAUAUUGAUAUAUUUAUUUGAUACAUAAAGACACGCAGACGUGCGCACACACACAUUGCUCCAAAGUAUAUUCUCAUAUUUUGUUUUUCUCCCAAAUAGAAUAAAUCAAUCACAUUCAGCUCACAUGUAAGAACACUGUGAUGUGAUGAAUUGGAACAAUAUUUGUAAACGCAUAAUUGAAUGUUUCUUAUUAUAGAUUGUAAAUGUCUAUUUGAACAGUGUAAAUGUCAUAUUUUGGAAGAAUAAAGCUUUUGUUGGACAUCU